UGGACCCAACUGCAGCUAGAGAGGAACUGGUCAGAGGCUAGUGCCCGCACCCCAGCCUUCAUCUGUCUCGGUGAGAGAGGAGAGGUGACAAAAGGCGAGGGUCCCAUGGAUUCAAAGCAGCGGCUUAGUGGAAGACAAGGCGACCUGCCUCGCCUCAAACACAGGACAGCUGUUGGGUGGAAAGUCCCGCUGAUCACCGGUGUUGUACUCACAGCUGUUGUUGUGAUUGUUGUGGUUCCCAUGAUACUUUUGCCCGGGAAAUCUCCACCUGAGUCCAAGCUGCCUCAAUUCUACGCCCCAGCCCAGCUAAGUACAAAACACCCCGCUGCCUGCUGCCUGGAUGGCUGGGUCGGGUUUGGAGGGAAAUGCUAUUAUUUCUCUGAUGCCGAGGGGACCUGGGACUCCAGCCAGAGCCUCUGCUCUUCACUCAAUGCCUCCCUGGCUGAGAUCGACACCCAGAAAGACCUGGAGUUCGUUAUGCGAUAUAAAGGCCUCUCUGAGUUCUGGAUUGGCCUGAAGCGAGCAUCGGCGCAGACCUGGCAAUGGGUGAAUGGCAAACACUUCAACAACCUGUUUACGGUAAGGGGAGAAGGCGACUGCGCGUACCUGAGCGAUGACUUUGCCACUUCGUCGUGGUGCUCCACGAAGCGCUACUGGAUCUGCAGCACACCCGACGGGAUGCGACGGGAGGACGCGAUGCCGGGGGACUGAAGGGCAAAGGCUGGGGAAACGCCUCUAGGCCCAGCUGCCUGACGCUCCAAACAUCGCUCAAUAAGAUCCUCAAUAGAGCUUGACAGAUUCUUUUUUUUUAAUAAGCCUCUCUUCUAAUUUUCUCUGUGUUGUGGCCCCUGUAUAGCCCUCCCCUUCCUGGUUGUGUAACGAAGACCUGAUCUACACACAAAGCUUAAAACUCACUCCUGAAUGCUGUAGUUAGGCCGGUGUAACCCCCAGUGUAGACGCAGCUAAGUUGACCUAGCUGAGCAGGAAGGCAGCACUGCUUGAAGACGGAUUGAGACAAUCUUAAACAGCAACAGGCUAAGAAAACCCACCGCAAGCAGGGAUGUGAGGCAGCCGCACACAACAUCCUCCCGAAGGAAGGAAGCCGCGGCAAGAGACAAGCAGUCAGGCUGUGGGUUUUCUUCGACUGUUGCAGAACCAGACUCUGUUCGCUCAUGCUGUCUCCCAACCCUGAGCAACAAAGUUGUGAGUUAAAGCUAAAUGGGACUGGGAUCCAAACUCCCCAGUGGGCCCUUUGUUGACGCUCAUUCGUAGCUGCGUCCUGCAUAGGGUUGACUGUGUUGUGUUGUCUCCCGGAUCAAAACGUAGUUGCUACAUCUUUGCUGGAGAGUCUGCUUUGUAGAACCAAGAAGAUAAUUAAGGAGGGCCAGAAAUGAGAGGCAGGUUGAAAUGGAAAUUGAAAUGUCUGUAUGUUUGAGAGUGUUAGGGCCUUGCUGUGCUUAGUGAGACUGGAAAAGGAAGGCCAAGCGUGGCAUAAGUUGAUAACUAGCUAGGUGUGCUAGCAGAAAAGUUAGAGGCGCCUGUGAAGAGGCUGUGGAGAUGCCUAGGAGCGGUGUUUGCCCUUGUGAGAAGGCAUCCGGUUGUGUACUCUGUAGUAGCAAUGCAUCACCAUUGCAUUCCACCGACAGGAAUUUGCCUACAAACUCAUAGGCGGAGCAGAUGCCUUUUACUUUAAUUGAGGCCUCUUUAUGAGUUCCAGGCAGAGAAGCUGAGGUACGUAGAACCCUUUCGAUUGCGCUCGACUCUCACCGUGAUCAAGUUUUUAGAUAGUGAGCAAAACAAACCACAAAAUCCGAUUCAGGGUCGGCGGGUGGGUUUCCUGACUUUGCUAAAGAAACUUUGAACUUUCUAGUGUAGACUUAGCCUCCCUAAGCGCUGCCGCGGGAGCACUCCCGCAGCAGCGCUUUGAUGUGUGAGUGCGGUCACGCGCGUGCGCUGGCUGAGAGCUCUCCCAGCGCUCUUGCUAAUCUACCUCCACGAGGGGAAUAGCUCAGAGCGCGGCGCACUGAGCCUGUCCACACUAGUGCUUUAAAGCACUCAAACUUGCUGCGCUCGAGGGGGUGCGUGUGUUUUCACACCCCUGAGCCAGCAAGUUAGAGUGCUUUAAAUUGCCACUGUAGACAUGGCCUUAGAUAAGUACAAAGGGCAACAUGGUCAAACCCUACGACAUAGUGUCUUUAGAUGCUGCAAGGGUCAUUUGCAAAUGUUGCUUAAGAGUUUAAUUCCCCUUGGACUCCUUUGCAAGCCAAGUUACAAGUACUCUUGUUGAGGACAAGAUGCAUAUUUUCCCCUAGUUCGGGUAUUUUGUAGCUGCAUCAUCUGUUCAGACCACGGGAGGCUGAAUCUAAAUAAUUGAAAUGUAUAAAGUCUCACAACUAAUGACAAUUAAUCGUGCGAUGCCAUGGAGUGUUCACUGUUCACCUAUUUAAUGAUUUGCUGUUCACGCCUUCUGUUUUAUAAAGUUUGUUAUGACUUUGUCAGUCCUAUAAGCUAACUGUAAAAAAAGCACCUUAUUAUUUCUUCUGUUGUAAUUUGCUCAUAUUCAUUGCCCAUAAAGUUUAAGGCUAGAAGGUA